AUGGCUUCCCCAAUUCCCCGUGGACUCAAGCAGGUGCUCCAGAAGUCGCCGAACGACAUCGUCAUUCUCUCCUCUCUCCGUACCGCCGUCACCCGUGCCAAGAAGGGUGGUUUCAAAGAUGCCUACCCCGAAGAGCUGCUCGCCAGCGUCCUGCGCGCCACUCUCAAGGCCAACCCUAACCUCGACCCUGCCCUAAUCGAGGAGUGCACCAUUGGUUCCGUCCUGCAAGAGCUCGGUGGCGCAAAGGCCGGCCGCAUGGCCCAAAUCCACGCCGGAUUCCCCAACACCGUUCCCUUCAACACUAUCAACCGCCAAUGCUCCUCCGGUCUGGCCGCUAUCACCGCCGUUGCGAACGGCAUUCGCGCCGGCUCUGCUGAUAUCGGUGUCGGUGGUGGUAUGGAGUCCAUGACUCGCAACUAUGGCUCCCGCGCAAUCCCCACCGUCCUCUGGCCCGAACUGAAGGAGUCUCACUCCCAGGAUGCCCGGGACUGCAUCAUGCCCAUGGGUCUGACCUCUGAGAACGUCGCCAAGCGCUACGGUAUCUCCCGCGCGGACCAGGAUGCUUUCGCCGUCGAGUCGCACGCAAAGGCUUCUGCCGCUCAGAAGGCCGGUCGCUUCAGCGGAAUUGUCCCUACCACCACUAAGUCCUACUCCGCCGAGAACCCCGAUGCUCCUCCCCAGGAUAUCACCGUUACCCAGGAUGACGGUAUCCGUCACGGCCUCUCCCUCGAGAAGGUGGCUGCUCUCAAGCCUGCUUUCGCCGCUGACGGCGCCAGCACUGCCGGUAACAGCUCCCAGGUCAGCGACGGUGCCGCUGCUGCUCUGAUGAUGCGUCGUUCCACCGCCGAGGAGCUCGGUCUGUCUGGCUCCAUCAAGGCUCGCUGGGUUGCUUCUGCCGUUGCUGGCUGUGCUCCUGAUGAGAUGGGUAUUGGUCCUGCUGUUGCCAUUCCCAAGCUGCUCCAGAGCGUUGGUGUGACUGUUCCCGACGUCGGUGUCUGGGAGAUCAACGAGGCUUUCGCCUCCCAAGCUCUGUACAGUGUCCGCAAGCUUGGUAUUGAUGAGGCCAAAGUUAACCCCAACGGUGGUGCUAUUGCUAUUGGUCACCCUCUCGGUGCUACCGGUGCUCGCCAGCUGGCUGAUCUGCUGCCCGAGUUGGAGCGCAGCGGUCAGGACAUUGGUGUUGUCAGCAUGUGCAUUGGUACCGGUAUGGGUAUGGCUGGUAUGUUUGUUCGGGAGUAA